AUGAACCAAAUCCCCGAUGCGCUCUACUGCGACCAGGAGACCACCACCUGGGUCGUCGUGGGCGCCAGCAGAGGCAUUGGCCUCGAGUUCGUCCGCCAGCUGAUAGCCCGCGGGGAGAAGAUCAUUGCGACGGUCCGGCAGCCCUAUGCCGAACAUGCUUCUGCGCUCUGGGGCCACUCGGGAAACGACCAUGGCCGCUGCCAGAUGUUUGUCUGUGACAUUCUAUCAGAAGCCAGCAUCGCAAACUUCGUGAAUCAGCUCGCCGCGAUCCCCAACUUCAAGAUAGACUAUGUCGUAAUCAAUGCCGGUGUCUUGAGAUACCCCAAUAGGGCCACUGAACUAUCGUUCGACGAGUUUGCCUUCCAUCUACACACCAACACCAUUGGCCCGAUCAUCACCGCCCAGAAGCUGCUUCAGACCAACAUUCCGAUUGGCACCAUUGUUUUCAUGUCCAGCGACUCGGGAUCGGCCAUCAACUUUCGAGAGAUGGAAGACGGGUUUGCUGCCUACGCCGCGUCAAAGUGUGCUCUCAACCAAAUGCUCCGGCACAUGGCCGCCGAGUUGAAACGGCAGGACGACGACACCAUCAUUCUCGCGAUCCAUCCGGGAGAAGUGGCAACGGACAUGUCCAACAUCGACCUGCCCUGGCCCAUCGCGGGCCAAAUCAGCCCCGAGGUGUCUGUCGCGGGCAUGAUCGAUGUGAUACAAAGCAAAGGCAUCCAGCAUAGCGGUACUUUCUGGACGUGGGAGAACGUGCCUCACCCUUGGUAG